UUAUACUUUACUAUGAGAUAUUUUAUAAACUUAAAGGUCCCCGUGUCACAUUCUGUUCUUUUGCACCUCAAUUCUGCAGAAAAUUUACAUAGAAUUUCUUGAUUCGAUUUUUCCCAUAAAACAGCCUUCAAGUUUUCAAAUAGCAAUUGCUGUGCCUGUACACGAAGACCGACCAUCAAAAUUAUCGUGGCUCAAAAAGCCGCAAGUUACCAUGAGCUGAUGAACAAGCUAAAACCCAACUUUUUGCCGCCAACCACAACGGUGCCCGCCGCCACAAGAACUUUGAAUGCCACCAUCAAUCGUCUCUCCGCCCAAGGCUUCCACCGCGAAGUUGUUCUUAACUUCAUCUCCGUGCUCAAACCCCCCACCAUUCCUCCAGACGCCUUCACGUACCCUCCGCUUCUCAAAGCUUGCACAUCGCUUAACCUCUUCUCUCUCGGCCUCUCACUCCACCAACAAACUAUUGUUAAUGGGUUGUCUGAGGACCCCUACAUUUCCUCCUCGUUGAUCAAUUUCCAUGCAAAAUUUAUGAACACCCGUUAUGCUCAAAAGGUGUUUGAUAUGAUGCCUUAUAGAAAUAUCGUCCCAUGGACUGCAAUAAUUGGGUGUUAUUCACGUGGUGGUAUUAUGAAAAAUGCAUUCUUUAUGUAUAAUUCUAUGCAGAAUGAAGGGAUUCAACCCAGUUCCAUAACCAUUUUGACUCUGCUCUCCGGGGUUUCUGACAAUGCCCACAUGGAUAUUUUGCACUGUUGCAUAGUUAAAACUGGUUUUCAGUGUGAUAUAAUUUUGAUGAAUUGUAUGUUAAGUGUAUAUGCUAAAUGUGGAAGAGUAGGAGACGCCAGGAAGUUAUUUGAAUCAUUGAAUGACAAAGAUAUUGUUUCUUGGAAUAGCUUGAUUAAUGCCUAUUCAGCGGUAGGGAACGUUAGUGAAGUCUUUAAUCUUUUGUACAGAAUGAAGGAUGAAAAUCUAGUGCCUGAUCAACAGACGUUUGGAUCAUUGAUCUCUGCAGUUGCGAGAGAGGGUAGCGUUGAAGUGGGAAGAAUUGUGCAUGGACAGAUCGUUACGUCAGGAUUUCAAUUAGAUAAACAUGUUGAGACGUCACUUAUGGUUAUGUACUCAAGAUGUGGGAAAAUGAAUGAUUCUUUACAGGUUUUCAAUAAGGCAGGUGAUAAGGAUGCAGUGUCAUGGACAGCAAUGAUCUCAGGACUUGUCCAGAAUAACUAUGCAGACAAGGCAUUGGCUGUGUUUCGAAGGAUGAUGGUUUCGCAUGUGAUUCCUUCUACUGCAACUAUGACUUGUGUUCUUGCAGCCUGUGGGCAAUUGGGUUCUAUCAGACUAGGGACUUCAGUACAUUGCUACAUGUUAAGGCAGAGAAUGGCAGCAGACAUUCCUACUUAUAAUUCUCUUGUUAGUAUGUAUGGGAAAUGUGGCCAUUUAAAGCAGAGUUAUUAUGUUUUCAGCAUGAUGAAUGAUAGAGAUGUUGUCACCUGGAAUGCAAUAGUUUCUGGUUAUGCACAGAAUGGAAAUUUAAAUAAGGCUCUGUAUCUCUUCAACGAAAUGAGAACAGCACACCACAGUCCUGAUUCAAUAACCAUUAUCUCCCUUCUUCAAGGUUGUGCUUCCAUUGGGGCUUUCCAGCAGGGGAUAUGGAUUCACAACUUCGUUGUUAGGAACUGUGUUGGACCGUGUAUCAUGAUUGACACAGCUUUGGUUGAUAUGUAUGCCAAAUGUGGUGACUUGAGUACUGCUAGAAAGUGUUUUGAUAGAAUGCCACAUCACGAUAUGGCUUCAUGGAGCACGAUUAUUGCUGCAUAUGGUAGUCAUGGAAAAGGAGAGAUGGCUUUGGAGAUGUUUGCAGAAUUUCUACAGAAUGGACAUGCACCAAAUGAUGUCAUGUUCUUAUCUGUUCUCUACUCCUGUAGUCACAAUGGGCUUGUUGGCCAUGGUAUGAGCAUUUUUGAGUCAAUGAAAAAUGAGUAUAAGAUUGAACCAAAGCUUGAACAUUGCGCGUGCAUUGUUGAUCUCCUUUGCCGGGCUGGUAAGGUAGAAGAUGCAUUUGACUACUAUAAGAGGAUGUUCCCGGAACCAAUGGAGGAUGUUCUAGGCAUCCUACUUGAUGCCUGUCGAAAAAAUGGUGAGCAAGAGCUUGGAGAAAUUAUUGCCAAGGAAAUUUCUGGUUUGAAGCCUGAAGAUGCUGGUAAGUAUGUGCAACUGGCUCACAGCUUUGCUUCAAUGGCCAGAUGGGAUGGGGUGGGAGAAGCUUGGCUCCAAAUGAGAUCUCUUGGCCUAAGAAAAACUCCAGGUUGGAGUUUUAUUGAAAUGCAUGGCACAGUAACUACAUUUUUCUCACCCCACAGUUCACAUCCUCAAUAUGCAGAAAUAAUUUCCGUAUUGAGAAAUCUGACAUAUGGAAUAAGGCAAUUGGUGUUAACUUCAGAACAAGAAGAUUUUGUGUUUGAUUCAAAUGUGCUGUAAAGAUUAAUGGUAUCCAAUUUGUUAUGUAAAACAUGGAACGCAAGAAGUGAGGCAUCAAAUUCCAGGACAAGGAUAACUGCAGGGCUCAAGUUUAUCGCCUAUGCGACAGAGCUAUCAGAAACCUGUUUUCUUAUCUAAGAAAGAGAUCCUGAUGAAUUCACUGUUCAGUUGGAUCGCUUUAUUCUUUUUUCUGAUUGUAACACUAUAUUAAUAGACAUCUUCUGCUUGGAUUCAUAUGUACUAAUCACGGUGGAUACUGUC